CAAAACAAAACUAGUACCACUUACAGUUAUAGCUAGAGGAGUUGAGCUGACAAAAGAAAACCAAUUCACAAAAGUAGCAGAGCAAGAAGCAAUCACAAUACUAGGGAAAAUCUUAGUAGCAAACUCACUUAUACUUGCACGAAUAUGGUAUGCGGCAUACCUUCUACCUCCAAACAGAAAACAAGUAGCAGAAAUCAAUAGGCUAAUUACUAUUUGGAUCAAAAGUAACUUCAGAAUGCUUCCGAGAUAUGCAACUUUCCAGCUACCCUAUGAACAUGGAGGUCUACAAGCUCCAAUAGUCAACAAUAUGCUAGAUGCAAGGAUGCUAAUGGUUUGGACAAGACUAACAACUG